CCAGGUGCGGAGUAACCCUUAGCCGCUGCGCGCCCUUCACCCCUGAGCCAGCGUGGUUGAUCGUCUGGCGCCUGCGCGGCCGGGGUCUCGGAUUCUGGUCGCUCUGCAGUCUACGUGGGCUAGGUAUCUCCAGGGUGGUGCACAGGAUCUCUUUUCGGCAACUUUGAACCAGUGCAAUGGCGACUGAGGUCAACGGGGCUCCCAAGGAUGCUGACCUGUGGCACUCGCACAAUAAAAUGCUGGCACAGCCGCUGAAGGACAACGACAUAGAGGUUUACAACAUCAUUAAGAAGGAAAGCAAACGGCAGAGGGUUGGAUUAGAGCUGAUCGCCUCAGAGAAUUUUGCCAGCAGAGCAGUUUUGGAGGCCCUGGGCUCUUGCCUAAAUAACAAGUACUCUGAGGGGUACCCAGGCCAGAGGUAUUACGGUGGCACUGAGUUCAUCGAUGAGCUGGAGACCCUCUGUCAGAAGCGAGCCCUGCAGGUCUAUGGUCUGGACCCCCAGUGCUGGGGAGUCAACGUCCAGCCCUACUCAGGGUCCCCUGCCAACUUCGCAGUGUACACCGCCCUGGUGGAACCCCAUGGACGCAUCAUGGGCCUGGACCUGCCUGAUGGAGGCCAUCUGACCCACGGGUUCAUGACAGAUAAGAAGAAAAUCUCUGCUACGUCCAUCUUUUUCGAAUCUAUGCCCUACAAGGUGAACCCAGACACUGGCUACAUCAACUAUGACCAGCUGGAGGAGAACGCCCGCCUCUUCCACCCGAAGCUGAUUAUUGCAGGAACCAGCUGCUACUCCCGAAACCUGGAUUACGCUCGAUUGCGGAAGAUUGCUGAUGACAAUGGGGCGUAUCUCAUGGCCGACAUGGCACACAUCAGUGGGCUGGUGGCGGCUGGCGUGGUGCCCUCCCCCUUUGACCACUGCCAUGUGGUGUCCACCACCACCCACAAAACCCUGAGAGGCUGCCGGGCCGGCAUGAUCUUCUACAGGCGAGGAGUGUGCAGCGUGGAUCCCAAAACUGGCAAAGAGAUCCUGUACAACCUGGAGUCGCUCAUCAAUUCUGCUGUGUUCCCAGGACUGCAGGGAGGCCCCCACAACCACGCCAUUGCUGGGGUCGCCGUGGCUCUGAAGCAAGCCCUGACUCCAGAAUUCAGACUUUAUCAGUGCCAGGUGGUGGCCAACUGCAGGGUUCUGGCUGAGACUUUGAUGGAGCUGGGCUACAAAGUAGUAACAGGUGGUUCUGACAACCAUUUGAUCCUCGUGGAUCUCCGUUCCAAAGGCACGGACGGUGGCAGGGCUGAGAAGGUGCUAGAAGCCUGUUCUAUUGCCUGCAACAAGAACACCUGCCCAGGUGACAAAAGCGCACUGCGGCCCAGUGGGCUGCGACUGGGGACCCCAGCACUGACAUCCCGCGGACUUCUGGAAAAAGAGUUCCAAAAAGUAGCCCUCUUCAUUCACAAAGGGAUAGAACUGACUCUGCAGAUUCAGAACGACGUUGGUGUCAAGGCCACCCUGAAGGAGUUCAAGGAGAAACUGGUAGGGGAUGAGAAGCACCUUAGCAGCAUCAGAGCUCUCAGGGAGGAGGUGGAGAGCUUUGCAGCUCUUUUCCCUCUGCCUGGCCUGCUUGAUGCCUAGAGGAGCCACCAGGACUGCCCGAGGCACUUACCCAAGGACACAGUGCCCUUCCCAGGAGAGAAGCACCGCCCUACACAGGAUCUGGUCAACUUCUCUACGCUGAGGGUUUCUUUGGGACUUUUCUCAUGUUAUCUUUACAAAUCAAAAUCUGUUUAAGCCUCAUUGUUAGUUAAGUCUGGGACAAAUUAUUAAGUUUAAAUCUGAAUCUCACUACUAUAUGUAUCAUUAUUCUGGAAAAAUGAAAUAUUAUUUAGCCUUAAUUCAUUUAAACAGUGGGGUAGGGCAGAGCUAUUGGGAAGAUUUCAGUAAUUUUACUCACCCUUCUCAUAGAGAUAUUGGGUUUCCUCCAACUCAAUGAAGCAAAUAAGAAACAUAAGUUCAUAGCUUAUAAAAGCUACCCAUAUUUUGUUACCUGGUGGGAUGCCAGAGAACUGAAUUAUGACCUUACAACUGAAGAGGGAAAUUCUCCUUAAGCUUCUGCUAUGUGCUUUCAAUCAGAAUUCUAAGUUAGACAAGUCUAUAUAAGGUGCCACCCACUAUGUGGAUUUCUCUAUUAGCAACUCAGUAUGCUGCAGAAAUGGUCUUCACCAUCCCCCCUGGGCAGGCUGGAGGGCCUGGGGCACCUGAUCCUCUCUCGCUCUCAGAGUCAGCCACAGGCUCCCCUGCCUUGUUGAGAGAACUCCCUUCUGUAAUCAGGAAGCCAAAUGUCACCUUCCCAAAGAAAUUUUAUUUUUCAUAAAGCUGAAGUGCAAAACAUAAAUGACCAUUUUUAAUAAGCACAGAUUUUUAACCACAGAAUGUCUACAAGAAUUAUAGCUUUAAAAAAUACAACCAAUUUUUAUAUUUCAAAAAUAACUCAAAUAAAUUAAUUUCUUAAAAAGUACACUUCUCAUACUAUUUGUUUGGCAUUUACUCUGGUGCAGCCAUACCUACGAGCUGCUGUCACACACGCCUGUUAUACUCUCACCCUCGUCACUGUGACAACCGCAGCUCAUGUGGUGAGCUCAGGUUCAUAUUCACAAAUAUGGACAAACAUGCAGUAAUAAAAUACUUUUCAAAAAAAUAACAAGAUUUCCUUACAGACUAUGCUUUUCAUUGCAACCUUAAAGGUGGCAUUUCUCUCAGCUCGACUUGUGUAGCCAGCCAGCAUUGGGCAGUCAGUGGGUGGAGCCCUGUGGUCUGCCUGGAAGGCACCUGUGGCCUAGGGUCCACUAUAUUGGCACUUACCCCAACCCAGGGGGGACAGCUGCUAGUCUCUCUGGGUGUGGGUGACGACACACCAGUGCCCACAUCUAUGCCUCAAUUUGGGAGCUGUUAUGCUGUUAAAAAAAAUCCUUUCAAGGGUUUGACUCCUCCCCAGAUCAAGACGAAAGGGCAUUCUAAGACCCCGUGUAGCCUCCAUGUUGGAGCUGAACACUCAUUCCCAGGGAGCCAGGGCCCCAUGCCAGCAGCCUAGUUCACUGCAAAGUGCUCAUUCCAUCCUUCCUACUUCCUCCUUUCCAUGUGCAUAACUAAACCUCAGUAGAUAAGGCCACAUUAGGUCAGUGCCCAACAGAGAAAGGGCUCCAGAAAACUUGGUGUGCUCCAACCUUACCAGCCGAGACUGUUUCUGCUUCUAGCCAGUAACAACUUGAUGCUUUUUCCUUUUUGCAGUCCGUUACCACCAUUAUCACUUAUAAAAGAUUCCAGUUUUUUCACUAUCACAGUAUUAGAGAAAAGCCAGGCAGCUGGGUGGUUUGAUUGAAAGCAUGAACUAAAAUCACUUUCUUAGGUGCUCUCCAGGGAAAUGGGAGGUAACAUCUGAUUGCUGGCCUGGCAGGGGGAGGGGCAUCAGUGCCUAUAAAGGCCAUCCACACCUACCAUGGGCCCCCCACCAGUUAAGUGCUACCACGUCAACAGCAAAAGGCCCAGGGAGGCAGGGCAUGUUAUCUGGCAGAAGUAAGUGGUCAGUGAACAUGCAAGAUCCUCCACUGCUCUUGGCCAACAGAUGCAUCACUGAAACAAACAGGCCUGGCAUUUAGGGUAGAAUCUAUGGGCCUUCCUCAGAUUUGAAAUGUUAUUUGUUUGGGGUUGGAAUCUAUUACACUUUGUACUAAUUUGAAAUAAAAGUUAAAAGCUGGUUGGAAAUGA